CUUUCGGGCGUCACAGGCACGUUUGUCGGGCGGCGCGGUACGGUGAUGAUAGGCGCUGCACUGGUGGCGGUAGGCGCCGCGGGGAUGCUUGGUACGUCCCAGAGCUACCUCAACUACAUGGUGUGCAAGUGCAUCAAUGCGGCUGGUACUGGUCAGCUCUUCGUCGUGGGCAUCACAUACGGCACUGAGAGCGCGCCGCCAGAUCAGCGCGGGCUCUUGAUGGGCAUCUACAACGUCGCUCUGACGGUGGGCAAUGCGAUCGCUGCCGGAGUCUGCGCCGGUUCAGCAAAGCUGAGUCCAACCAACGACUGGCAGUGGAGAGUCCCAAUCGCCUGCCAGAUCCCUCUCAGCGUACUCCUGGUGGCGACAUUCAUGUUCUUCCCUGACUCGCCGCGCUGGCUCAUUGUUCGACGCAAAGACGAUGAUGCUAGAGUGGCUCUCGCCAAGUUCUUUGAUCUCGACCAGCACUCAGAAGCCGUCACUGCGCAGAUGGACAUUAUUGCAGCAGCCAUCGAAGCAGAAACCCACACUAAAUCUUCAUCGGCUUGGAUCAGCAUCUACCGUCCACCUAACCUGCGUCGAACCCUAGUGUCUGCAUUCAUGCUCGUUACACUGCAGAUUACCGGUAUCCAGUUCGUGGCUCCAUACACAGCAUUAUUCCUCUCGUCUCUGGGUGUGGCGAGUCCAUUCACAACGCAUGCGAUUGUGUCCGUCUGCAUCUUCGCAGGUUCAUUGGUCAGCCCUUGGGUCCUCGACAACGUGGGCCGCCGCCUCUCACUGCUGUAUGGGUACGCUAUUGCUGCUUGCUCAAUGCUUAUCUUCUCGGCGGUGGGAUCUACACUCGGCACCGGCAGUACUAUCACGCAACGGGUGCUGGUUGCGUUCCUUUGCAUUUGGGCUUUCGUCUUUGGAGGAGCAAUCAGCGCUAGUUCGUGGUUGACGUCAGCAGAGGUGCAUGCGGUGCAUCUGCGGACCCAAGGACAAGCGAACACGCAAGCCUUUGCCUCGGUUUUCUCGUUCGCGGCACAGUUCUGGACGCCUUACAUGAUCGCAGCCAUCGGGACGAGCGUGGGGUACUUUUACGCUGGGGUGACCAUUGUUACCCUGACUAUUGCCAUCUUCCUUGUCCCAGAAACAGCCCGGCUGACGCUUGAGCAAAUCGACACACUCUUCAACUCUGGGACACCGGCAUGGAGGACCACGAUGGCGAGGAACAAGCAGAUGAACCUGGUGCAUGGGACAGAGCAGACGGUCGUACCAGCACGCGGAUGAGCCGGGGCCGUGGACGAGUGGCAUUACUUACAGCACGAACACAUGCAGGGCAGGACAGAUUCGUACGAGAGUACAUACAUACCUUCUAGACUUUGAAUAGUACCAACGCCGCUAGUAGGGGCCAGGGUGAAUGUGGGGCUAACCAUCUAAAGUUCGCGCCCCUCACUUUUCCAACGUCAAACAUUCCCAGUAUUUUUUUUUUGCUUUCCAUAAAUACCUCUACACCUACACCGUAGCAUUUGUUGAUUGUUAGACAAAGUAGUUGCACAGCCCUUUUCCUACAAGUUGUUUCAAUCUUAGACAUGUUGGACAUGCUACAAAAAGAAACCCCCGAAUAUUAAUUCUUCCGAC